CUCAGACUGGGUACCAACCCCCUAUUACUCUGCGGGCGCGUGAAGGAGAAGGAAACUCGUUGGACUGUACAGGUCUGUAGGUCUCCUCUCAAGCCUUGGCUAGAAAAGGAGCAAACCGCUUUGGUUGGAACCUUACUGCAGGUUUGAAGGCUCGGUCCACCUAUCACCGUGGAGGGAAUACAGCAGAAAAAAGAAGCAAAAGGAAUUCACUUGAUUUUUGUGAAGAUUCAUCACAAGAACCAGAGAAGCAAAAGAGAGGCUGAAGAAUACUAGCCUGAACCAUUAUUCACACAACCCCUGAAAGUUCUUUUCAGUCAGGUGAAGAAAGACUCUCUCCUGUCUGGCUUCACAUCCUAAUAAGCAUGGGUAGGGCCCGGGAAAUGGGUUGGAUGGCAGCAGGACUGAUGAUUGGGGCUGGUGCCUGCUACUGUAUGUACAGACUGACCAUGGGAAGAGAUGAGGGUAACGAAUUGGAAGACGAAGAGGAAGAGGAAUGGGAUGAUGAGCAGGAUCUGGACGAAGAGGAAGCAGAUAUCUGGUUUGAUUUCACAGCAAUGGCACGACCCUGGAGUGAGGAUAGGGACUGGGAUGAACCAGGGGCCCCAGGUGGUACUGAGGACAGACGGUCAGGUGGUGGAAAGGCAAACAGAGCACACCCAAUAAAACAGCGGCCAUUCCCUUAUGAACAUAAAAACAUAUGGGGUGUACAAAGCUUUAAGUCCUUCAGUUGUGCUCUUGACCUGAUCAAGUAUGCUUCCAUUCAAGGGAAAAAAAUGCUCACUGAGCCCAAAGAUGCUGGCUUUUCCCUUAGCCACAACGUAAGGAGUCAUUUGGCUAGCCUCUCAGUGUUUGGAAGCAGAAUCCUCACCGCCCAGCCCACUGUGAGGGAGAAGGCUCCCUGUGUCCCGGAAAACCCAAACACCAGUACUGAAAAUCAGGGCCAGAUUAAGAUGUACAUCGAUGAAGUGUAUCGGGAGACAGUGUUACCUUGCUGCAAGUCAUUUCUGCAGCAGGCAGGAUUAAAUCUGCUAAUAAGCAUGACAGUUAUUAAUAACAUGCUUGCCAAGUCCGUUUCAGACCUGAAGUUUCCUUUGAUAUCCGAGGGAAGUGGCUGUGCAAAGGUUCAGGGUUUGGAAACGCUGAUGGGUUUGUCUGAAAAGCAGGUGUUGGUGGAGGAAGCGCUGGCUGCCCAAAUGCUGUUCUCAUUCAUGUGCCUCUUUAUCAGAAGUGGGAGCAGAGAGAUGCUUUUGGAAGCCAUCUCCCCUUAAGUGGCUGUCUCGAACAGAAUGAGACUGAAGCCACCCAGAGCCCUGGCAGUUUACUGAGGGCAAAGAAACUGCAGUGGGUGCUACCAAGGAUGCAGCCUCGCCUGUGGGCUCCUCCAUGGGUGAAAGUUCCUUCCCUUUGCCAAGCGGAGGGCCACACUCUUCUUGGCCAGGCAGGGUUCCCCAAGAGCUGUGGGCAACUUCUGGGUUUUGUAGUCUGCAGGUAAAGUGCAUUGUGAAUUGCUCCCUUGGAGCCUUCUUCAUACAGUAGAGGGUAAAGGGAUCCCCGUGGCUGCUGGCUGCGGAUGAGGAACAUCAAAUGGCAACACCAGGAGUGCUGCUCUUGCCUGUGGUUAUCUCCCUGCCUGAGCGGGACCACUUAGCAGAAAUUACACCCAUAUAGGAGUUUGUCCCGAACACGCACCUGCCACUGCUUAAGCUGAAGUAUUUCUCCUUUCUUCUUUCCUACACUAGCUGAUGGAUGGUUAGCAUGUUAAUGGAAGAAAUGCGCCUCCCUCCUGCCCAUUGUACUGACUGACCCUCUUACUCCCAGGUCCCCUCCCCCACCCCCAGUGUGUAUCAUCAAUAAAUGUGUGUGCUUUGAUU